AUGGCUGAACAACAGAUCUCCAACCUUCUUUCAAUGUUUGAUGCUUCUCACGCAAGCCAGAAGUUGGAGAUUACGGUUCAGAUGAUGGAUACCUACCAUUACAGAGAAACUCCUCCAGACUCUUCCUCUUCAGAAGGCGGUUCCUUAUCUCGCUAUGAUGAGCGACGGGUCUCCCUUCCGCUCUCUCACAAUGCAGCCUCCCCAGACAUAGUCUCCCAGUUAUGCUUCUCAACAGCUAUGAGCUCGGAGCUCAAUCACAGGUGGAAGUCACAGCGCCUCAAGGUUGCUGACUCUCCCUACAACUACAUCCUGACUCUUCCAUCUAAAGGUAUUCGUGGGGCUUUCAUUGACUCACUGAAUGUCUGGCUCGAGGUCCCCGAAGACGAGACCUCGGUGAUCAAAGAGGUGAUUGGCAUGCUCCACAACUCGUCUCUCAUAAUCGAUGACUUCCAAGACAACUCCCCACUUCGGCGGGGCAAGCCAUCUACACAUACUGUCUUCGGUCCAGCACAAGCAAUCAACACAGCAACAUAUGUCAUCGUCAAGGCCAUCGAGAAAAUACAGGAUAUCGUCGGUCACGAUGCAUUGGCAGAUGUAACUGGCACUAUAACCACAAUCUUCCAGGGUCAGGCAAUGGAUCUGUGGUGGACUGCUAAUGCCAUUGUUCCGUCUAUCCAAGAAUAUCUCCUGAUGGUCAAUGACAAGACUGGUGCCCUGUUCAGGUUAUCGCUUGAACUACUGGCGCUGAACUCUGAAGCAUCCAUCAGUGACAGCGCGCUUGAAUCUCUCAGCAGCGCUGUCUCACUGCUCGGGCAGUAUUUCCAGAUAAGAGAUGAUUACAUGAAUCUCAUUGACAACAAGUAUACUGAUCAGAAAGGAUUUUGCGAGGAUCUGGACGAGGGGAAAUACUCGUUGACUCUAAUCCAUGCUCUGCAGACCGACUCCAGCGACCUUCUCACCAACAUCUUAUCGAUGAGAAGAGUCCAAGGAAAACUUACGGCGCAGCAAAAGAUGCUGGUUUUGGAAGUGAUGAAAACAAACGGCAGCUUAGACUGGACGAGCAAACUCCUUGGCAUGCUGCACACAAGAGUUGUAGCCGAGAUUGAGAGCCUGGAAGUUAGCACGAAGAGGGAUAACCAUGCAUUGAGGGCUUUAGUGGAACGCCUGAAGCUGGAAACCUAG